CUUCCGCUUCGGCGCGCGCUCGAGCAGCCGCAAGGCAGACGAGAGCGCUUGUGCACCUGCUCAAGAGUGCAUCUCACCUCGACCAGACCUGAACCCGGGGGUGUUGAGCUGCACACGCUGGGAGGCAGCUUACCUUUUCUUUUCUCCACCAUGUCGACGGGUCGGCGGCGCAAGCCGCGUCCCACGCUUUCCAUUGACCUUAUCCCACAGACGCCCACUUCCCCCGAUUCUGGCCGAAGCAUUAGUCCAUCACCAUUGACGGUUGUCUCCAAGCAACAAGAGGAGCUGACUCAGCGACCUCUCGACGCCAAACAGCUCCAACGCGUCGAAGACUUUCUGUUCCGAAAGGCGGCCUUUCUCUCAACUGAGGAUGUCCAACCCACGGACCUUCGCGAGCUUGUCGUUCUCGGUCGAGGCAACGGCGGCAGCGUCUGCAAAGUUUUACAUGUCAAGUCCAAUAUCAUCAUGGCGCGCAAAAGCAUUCAUCUUGAGAUUAGGCCUGAAGUGCGCAACCAAAUUUUGCGCGAGCUGCGCAUUCUUCACAAAUGUUCUUCACCGCACAUCAUCGGCUUUUACGGCUCCUUUUGGCACGAUGGUGAAAUCAACAUCCUGAUGGAAUACAUGGACGGCGGUUCCCUCGAUGCAGUCGUGCGGCGGAUAGGCCGCAUUCCCGAGAACGUAUUGGCAGAGAUUACCUAUUGCAUCCUGGAUGGUCUUGUUUAUUUGCGAGACAAGCUCUCUAUCAUGCAUCGCGACAUCAAACCAUCAAACGUUUUGGUCAGCUCCGACGGUGACUGCAAGCUUUGUGACUUUGGCGUGAGCGGUGAACUUCAUAAUUCGCUCGCCAACACCUUUGUGGGCACACGCUCCUACAUGUCCCCGGAACGGCUGCAAGGCCAGCGCUAUGCCGUCGAGAGCGACCUCUGGUCGCUUGGCCUCUCGCUCCUUGAAAUGGCAACUGGCGUGUUUCCAAUCCCUGCCGAGAAUUUGAAGAAGGGUCUUGCCCCGAUGCACCCUCCGCCAGAUAAACCCCUGGAAGCCCAUGCUCCGGACGCAACACAAUCCAUGGCCAUCUUUGAGCUGCUCGCUAACAUUGUCGAGAGCGAGCCACCUCGCCUCCCUGAUGAUGCCGGCUUUUCCGACUCGUUUAUCAAUUUCAUCGAUGCCUGCUUGAAACGGGAGCCUUCGGAGCGCAUGCCUCUGGCCGAGCUCAUUCAGCACCCAUGGCUCGAAGACAUGCGUGCCUCCCAACCCGUCAAUAUGGCCGAGUGGGUCCGUUCUACCAUGGUGCCCUGUGAACUCGCGGCUCGCGAUCAGGAGAAAGCUGCCCAUGCAGUUGUGCCAAGCGAGUAGGCACGGCCCGUCAGCAUCCUUUAAGGCGCGGUUUGGGCUACAGAGUAUCGUGGAAUUUGUGUUUUUAUUUGGUUACUAUUCUUCUCUCCUUUUUUUUUUUUCUUCGGCCUGAUUUUCAAUGCUUGAGUGUCUUCUGUUUUUCAUGUUGACCCGAUCAUCAUUGCCUCGAUGCACCUCCAGACCUGGGUGUCUCUUCUGUUUUCCGCUCUUGUUUUCUUCACCAAGAAAAGAAAAACCAGUCGUAUUCUCCUUUUCGACCUUCAGUUUGUGGGUUUCUCAGCCUUGAUUGUUCACAAAAAGAAUUAAUGAGUAUACCCC